AUGACCCUAGUCUCAAAUGAUCCGAUUUGGUGGCCGACAAUCGAAUCGAAUCGUUUCUUCAGCUAUUGGAUAGUUGCCUCCUCUGCUGCAGUGAUAUAUGAUUCGGUACUGACAUUCGGACAAGAGGUUGAACUGAUCUGGAGACAACGCUGGUCUCUCAUGACCAUUCUAUAUCUCAGUAUACGUUACAUUGGAAUACUGUAUGCUGCCAAAUCUUCCGUCAGUCUCGCUGACAGACCAAGCUAUAUCAUGUACUCCGCGAUAAGUUGGACAAGCGUGGUCGUAAUUGCCAUGCUGGGCGUCAUCAUGAUUGCUCGGUUACAUGCCAUGUAUCAGCAAUCCAGAAAGAUGCUUAUCUUUCUCAUUGUAAUCUUCCUGGCGGUCAACAUCGCCAGCGGAGUGAUCACGGCAAUAGGACUCAGUUAUUCAUCAGGAGUGGAGGCUGUCCUCUCCGGCACCUAUAUAUGCACAAGCAAUUCCGACCAAAACGCCCAGCUUCUCAUUGCAGUAGUUUGGAUACUCACCACUGUAUGGGAAAUACUUGCACUGUGUCUUGCGCUCUGGAUUGCUGUAAAACACUUCCGUGAACUGCGACGCCUAUCGGCGGGACAGCUCAUUGGGGACUGUUUCGUAGUGUUGAUACAAUCUCACACGAUUUACUUUGCAAGCUUUGCUGCUGUUUCGUUCCUCGAGCUUGGUUAUCUCUCUCCAAUGAUCGCGUCUUCACUCUCCGUGGGAGUUGAGACAUAUAAUGGCCUUGUCCAAAUUUUCUCGGUCGUGCAGAUGUUUGUGCUGGGACCACGCCUCAUCCUUGGCGUUCGAGAAUAUAACGCUAAGCUUGUGGCCGACUCCGACACAGCAACUGGCAUGGCCUCAAUUGUUUUCCAGGAGCGCAUACACGUGUCAACUAGCAGUGGGAGCAGGAGAACUUUGUUUGUGGUUUCGUCUUGGUAUUUAUAUUCCAAGUUUCAAGUGAUUGCUGCUGCGUAG